UGUGCAGGCGAAGUUGUUCAAUUACAUAUUAGGUAAAUUGAACAACGGUUAUAUAGAGGGAUUCUUGUGCAUGUUCCUGAAUAGUAGUCACAACUUUCACCUACGUGUCAGCUCUUAAUACAUCGGUGGUGUGUUUACUGUUCAUGACAUGUGUAACUAAAGAUAUGGCGUCAUUGUGAAUAUUCAGAAACGAUCCAAUGGGUUUAUCCUGUCUAGCUAGAAGGCUAUGGAUGAUAGGUUUCUUCAUUCUCUUACAUCAUACUCAAUCGACCAGGAGUUCGGUAUGUUGUACACCAGACGUGUGCACUGCCCCACCAUUGUGCUGCGAUGAGGAACAAAGAGUGAAUUCAAGCACAGUGGUGUUUGAUGUGAAGGUUGUGACGUCACUUGAAGAUGGAUGGAGCGUCCAGGCUAAUGUCAGCUGGGCGAGACCUCCAGGACACGAUUUCGAUGGAUAUGCGGUUGAAGUCGAUUACGACAGAAUAUCAUACGGGAUUUCGUGUGAUAUUAAAAACCCUGGUUACAAAACAACACGUACAGAGUCGAUUUAUCUGAAGGAUCUACCAUUUGGAUAUGAUGUCAAGAUCUAUGUAUAUUCUGCUAACCUAACUGCAAUGGUAAGAAACGGAAAGCGAUCGACUCUGAGAGUUAUUGAGCUACCAGAUUGUUUUGAGAGUACACAAGAUUUGCAGUUCUGUCAGACAAAAGUUGUACCAAUUUUGUCGAAGCCUAUAGGACUGCGUGUGGAUAACAUAACAACGCGGGUAGAUACUACGAAAGGUACACCAGUCGGUAUGUUUAACGUAUUUUGGCACCCACCAGCCCAGAUACCAGUCGACAGAAUGAUAGGGCAGUUUGAAGUCGUGGUGAUACGAUCUGACAGUCAGUUUAAAACUUUCACCAGCGAAUUGGUUGUUCCAGCGCCAAGCCAGAUGAUGUACACUAACCCGUUCGAUGUCUCAUUCGAACAUUCAUUUCAAAUUGAUGUUCCGUCUAACUGGACCGAGGUUAUUGAAAUCAGGGUACAGGGCUUUCUUAACAGUGGAAACAAAUCCUGCAGGAGCAAUUCGCUUCAAUGUACUGGUAGGACUGCUGUGCUUCUGCAACACGUUAAUAUCACCAAAGACACACCUAAAGCACAUCUUCCUCCAGAUGAUUUCUGGAUAAUUGUGGCCAGCUGUUCAGCCGGUGCUCUUGUUGUUUUGUUUGUGGUGAUUUGCUUCAUCUGCCUUUGGCGUAAAAGAUCCGGCAUAACAUCUGUAAAGGAUACCAGACGUUCUGAACGCUUUUCAAAAAAGGAAUUUGACCGGAGUUUAUUGAGAGGUAGUACCGAGAUCGGACGAGGAAGCUUUGGUGUUGUGUACAAAGCUGUAGCCUUUGGUUCACUAAAAGGGAUAGCAGGCUUCUACCCUGUUGCAGUCAAAAGUAUCAAAGGCAAUGCAACUGAAACAAUGAAGAAGCAAUUUUUGGAUGAGAUUGAAUUGAUGUAUGAAAUCGGUUCUCAUCCCAACAUUUUAACCUUGCUUGGAUGUUGCACUAUUGAGGAACCUUAUCUUCUCCUGACAGAAUUUAUGAAAUACGGAGACCUUCUUCAUUUCAUGUGGAAAAGCAGAGAGAGUAAGUCAGCUGAGGAGGAUUCUAUAUAUAAAGUUACUGAAAAAUCAAAGCUUCAAAUAGCUAGGCAGAUAGCACGUGGUAUGGAAUACAUUUCCAUGACACGCUAUUACCAUGGUGAUCUUGCAGCCAGGAAUGUUCUGGUAGGAGCAAAUCUUCAGAUUAAGGUAUCUGACUUCGGUCUAGCAGCUGAUAUAUAUGCACGGGGAUACAAGAGGCUGGAACCAGACGAAAAACGACCUAUGAAAUGGGUUAGUCUGGAGACCAAUCUUACUGGGAAAUGUACGAUUGAAGCUGACGUUUGGUCAUUCGGCAUCGUGUUGUAUGAAAUUUUCACACUAGGAGAUGCCCCAUAUCAGGGUGUACAGAAUGCGGAGCUUCUCCCCAAAUUAAAGCGAGGCUAUCGUCUGGACCAACCAGAAGGCUGCCCUCUGGAGGUGUAUGAUAUUAUGAGACAGUGUUGGUUGGAGUAUCCCUUAUUGCGACCUUCUUUUACUAAACUCUCAGAGUUGUUAGAUGAGUUAUUGGCAAAAGACUCGGACUACAUGGACCUAGAUGGGGCAGCAGCAAGUAUGGAUGGAGUCAAACCGGAAACCGUUCAAUCAAAUGAAUUGUCUAAUCUAUCUGGAGAACCAGACGAAUUGAAUUUAUGGCUACACAUCACGGGUGAAGUUCCAGAGAGUGUCAGGACACUAGACUUUGUCCCAUUUACAGCCGAUGGUACUUUGAGUGAUGACUCAGGGCAGUUCAUGGAAAUGAAGGACAUACAGUUUGAUCGUUUUCGUGACAGUGACAAAAUGACGCUGACUGAAUGAAUACAAGAAUAACCGGUGGUGUCGAGGUCUUUACUACGCGGAUUUAAGCAUUCUGAUUUACAAGCCUGCGUUACAGGGCGCUGUGAGAAAUAAUGUUCGCAAACAUGAUAUAAAAUGGCACGAAGAAUAAGUUUGCUCAAAAUGCUGCUUCUGAAAAGGAUUGUUGGUAAUUAAUGAAAUGGUUAAAAUGAAGGGGCUUUUGUUUUUGCCAUAUGUAAACCAGUUUGUGUUUAUUGCAAUCGUGAUGCUACUGAACUGAGUAUACUAUAGCAAUAACAUACAUAAAGUCAAUAAUAUCAAGAAACCAAUGGGUGAAACAAAGCAUCUCAAGUUAGGAUUUGGGUGUCACGAUGGCCUGCCUGAGAUGAAAUGUUUGACUCCUCUUUUCUUACAAAUAAGAUGCAUCUACUUCUUGUAAAGAUCUUAAGAGAACAGCUCAAUACAGAUACUUAUUAAAAUGCAUAAACGCAUGUACCAAUGCGUAUAGGCCUAAUACUUAGAAUCAAGUAGGAUAUUUACAUCUCUGGUUGUUGUUGUUGUUUAAACAUGGACUAUAACGGAUUAUUGAUAUAGCCAAUAUUACUAUUUUUGUACAAGAAAU